AUGGACACGGUGCACGUGGCCCAGGACACCAGUGAAAGCAAGCCCCCGCGCUUCUCUCCGCAGGAGCUGUCCCAGCUGGGCCUGGGGGGUGACAUGGAGCUGGAGCUGCGGACUCUUCAGCUGCCUGUGGAUUACAGGGAGGCGAGGCGGAGGGUCGCCAGAAUCUGGGAAGAGCUCCGACCGCAACUCGCCGUCCAUGUGGGCAUGGACGCCUCUGCCAAGGCAAUCUUUCUGGAACAGUGCGGCAAGAACCGAGGCUACCGGGAUGCCGACGUCCGGGGCUUCCGGCCCGAGGGUGGGGUGUGCCUCCCGGGCGGCCCAGAAGUGAUCGCGUCGGGGGUCAGCAUGAAGGCAGUCUGCAGGGGCGUUGCCAUCGGAGAUGUCGAGGUGGCCUUUUCCCGAGAUGCGGGCAGAUACGUCUGCGAUUACACCUAUUACCUGUCCCUGCAUCACGGAAAUGGGCACGCUGCACUCAUUCAUGUCCCUCCACUGUCGCCCCGGCUCCCGGCCAGCCUGCUGGGGAAAGCCUUGCAAGUCAUCAUCCGGGAGAUGCUGGAGGAGAGUGAGGAAGCCCGAGCGCAAAGCACGACUCAGAAAACUCAGCCGUGGUGAAUCCGGCCAAAGCCGACCAACCUGGGGGGGAGGGGGGGUGGAUCCUUCAGAGAAAAUGAAGCGCUUCAAUCCUGCGUGGAGAUUCACCUGUGCUUUGAGAGGCUUUCUACAAAAUCGCCUGUUAAAACAGUUUACACAGAGGGAGAAAAAUUCUGAAUUAGCCCAGCAAAAUCACAAAGGGUUCUUCUAUUGUCAGAAGAAAGAACACUCUGGAAGGCGGGCGUCUCACAAAGGAUGAACUAACUUCAGUUAUGGCUUUCACGACAAUGAAAUGAAAUUCUAGUCAUCUCUUUUCUUGUAAAAGACUAUGCAGUGGGUCUGUGCGAUCCUGCCCGGCUUACUGGGACCGCAGACCUGUUCUGCGAGGCCCAUGAAAAUACAGACGUGGCCACAGCCCCAGCGCUUGGUCCUGGACCCCAUGCUGUGCCUUCAGGUCCUGUGGGCAGCUUCGGAGCCACUGAGGCUCCAGUGUUUGGUUUUUCUCUCCUUCUGUUUUUUACCCUUUUACUGCUUACUUAUUUUAAUAAUUUUUGA